GCGACAUACUCAGCCUGAGCCCGCGCCUUGCCCCGAGCCUCCGCUGAAACACGUUGCCCGCAUCCCCGACGCACGAUGUCCUGGACACCGCGCGAGAUCGGGACGCUCAUCGUCGUCAUCCUCAAAGCCCGCAAUCUGCCCAACAAGCGGCACAUCGGCAAGCAGGACCCGUACUGCGCCGUCUCGUACAACGGCGAGAAGCGGCGCACGAAGGCGAUCCGCCGCGGCGGGCAGCACCCCGAGUGGGACGAGGAGGUCCGAUUCACCCUCUUCGAAGACGCCGAGGACCAGCUCGCGCGUCUCGACGCGGACAGCGAUGCCGCGCCGCCACCCCCGCCACCUAAGGAGAAUGAUGCUGCCAAGGGCGAGCGCAAGAUCAAGGGCGGAAAAGCAAUGCGCUUAUUUUGCUUCGCGGACGAUCCGCGCGAACCUGACCUGAUCGGGGAGUGCGUUGUCGACUUGACCGAGGUCUUGACGAAAGGCGAGACCGAUGAAUGGUUCACCUUGACGAACAAGGAACGAUACUGCGGCGAGGUUUACCUCGAACUCACUUUUUGGUCGAAUGAACCCGCGCCUGAAAAGAAGAAGCCAAAGUCGAAAAAGACGAGCAAACAAUACGGCGGCCCAGGAAUGUUCACUGAACUGUCGGGAUCGCUCACCGGCGGACCAGGUGGCCACAAUGGUUCGUCUGGCAGUCUCGUCUCGGAUGAUCGCCGGGAGUCCUUGUCCGGAUCCUUGGCGUCCUCCAGCUCGGACCUGUACGUCGCGCCCUACGACCAGAACACCGCGCGGCAGCGCCGGAGCUCGCCCGUGGACCAGAUUGUGGACGACUUCGGCGCUCUCGCUGUCGGCGAUCCGUAUCAGCGAAGAGAAACGUAUCCAGACCCUCACAAUAGACGGGCGUCUUCCGCAACGCGCUACUCAGGCGCAACAUAUCCACCUCCAGCCCAUCCUUACCCCUCAAGUUCCUUCACCGACAUCCCUCCCGCAAGCAACAGCUGGUCGACCUGGCGCUCCGACGCGCCCCCCGAACCGACCGCAUCUAGUUGGUCCGCUUGGCAGCAACCCGACCCGUACGGUGCCCCGCCGAACCCCUACACCGGUGCCUCGCACCUUUACGACUAUCACCCGCAGCCGUACGACUCCACUCCUCCCCCCCAAGGCUACUCGUCGACGCCCUCCCCGUCACAUCACGGUCAUGGCCCGCGCCACAGCCUACCCACCGCGCCGUCCGGCUUCAUGCCGCUCCCCUCCGCGACGCCCGCGCCGUCCGGCUUUGCGCCUAUGCCGUCCUACUCGCCCCACCCCGAUUUCGCCCCUGCGCCGACGCCGACUCCCGGUCCGUAUGCCCCUUACGGUGCACCGACGCCCGUCCCGUCCGGCUUCGUCCCGAUGCCACUCGCGCCCUCCUCCUCCUUCCCGCAGCAGUACGGAGGGUACGCGCCACAGCCACCCGCCACGCCGCAACCGUCGUACGCCCCGCCCGCGUCCGCGCCCCCGCCUCCGCAACAGUCGUACAUCCCGCCCCAGCCGCCGGGGUCGGUGCCGCCACAACCCCACUCUGUGCCGCUCCCGCAGCCACCGGGCCAGCAGGGCUACGCGCCACCCCAGUCACCGCUUCAGCAUGCGUACCAGCCCCAGCAGGUCCCACCGCCGCCGUCGCCGCCUCGAGACCAGCCAUCGAGCUCGAGCUCGAGCGGCUCGCGGCCGUUGCCGCCUCAACCUCAGGCACUGCAAUCUUCAGGGUUCCAGCAGCAGCAGCAGCAGCCGGUUCAUCGGCAGUCGUCCUUACCCAUUCCGCCCAGCACGAGCACCAUUCCCGGCCAGCCCAUCUACGUCCCGCCGCCGCCGCCUCUCGGGGCGUCAGCGUCGCAGAGCUCCCUGCCGGCCGUACCGCCUCCGCCCCCGCUCGCGAGUUCGGGCAGCGUCCCGAAGCUCGUCGAGAAUCCGCAGCACCCGCUGCCUCCGCCUCCGCCGCCACCCAUCCAGCAGCAAUCUGGACGGCCGAGCCUGCCGCAGCUGCCGGUGGCUUACCCCGGUCCGCCCCCGCCGCUGCCGCAGCCCCCGGCGCCGCCGUCAAGCCAGUCGUUCUAUACGCCUCCGAACGGGAUGGGCCAGCAGUUCGUGCCGCCCGGUCCGCCGCCGCAGGCGAUGCACGGGGGUUAUUGAGCAUCGAGCGAUCGCGCUCUCCCGACAUUAUAUUGAGACGCGAUGCGAAGGUACUGUAAGAUCGGUGUUUUCUGUGCGUGUGCGGGAUCGUGGAUCCCGCUUGUUCUCUCUCUCUCGCAUCGCGUCGUACAGCAGCAGCAUUCCUAUAUCGUCACACGGACAUUACUUACGUACCACCUACUCGCCCCGCAAUCUGUCUGUCCCUUGCUAUCUUGCAGAUCACGCCACAAGUUAUAUAUAUAGC